UGUUGUUGUUUUGAGAAAAAUAGUUCAAUUUCAUGUGUAUUUAUUGUUUUAACUUUAAGAUAUGCUUCUAAACAAAAUGCUGUUGUGAAAUAAUAAAAGAAAACUUGUAUUCCAGAAAUGAAGGCAAGAUUUUCCUCCUUUCUUCCUUCCUUCUUUCUUUGUUUCCUGCUGUCCUUCCUUCCUUGCUUUGCUGAAUUCAGCACGAAGUUAGAAUAAUUUCAGCAGAGCAGAUGCUGCAUAUUUUAUAUGAUUAUCUAUUUUAUAGGUAAGAGAUCUAUUACAAAAAAACUCAAGAGCCAGUCUUGGGCAACGAGGAGAGCAGAGCUGCCACAGGAGCUGGACGGGCAGGAGGAAUCUCACUCCUGCAAGACACAUACGUGGUGAUGAGUCUCACUGUGUUGAGGAGCAAGUGCUAACUCACUCAGGCAUAUCUGCUUUCCUCCUUUUCCCUCCCAAAACGUGCACACCAGGAACUGUAUUUGUUCCAUCCCUCUGGCAUUUGGUCCGUUUCAUUGUGUCCCUCUGAUGAUGGUGUGCAUGUUAUUUCUGGGAUUUCUUUUUACUCCUGCACAGAUGAAGCCAAGCAGUGAUUUGUUGUUAUUAAACUGAAAGCAAUGAUUUUAACAAGCAAAACGUGUCAGGGGUUGGCACCCCUUUCACAUUUGCAAGCAGCUCGGCUUGGCAGGGGAAAGUGGCCAAGGGGGUAGAAGCGAACAGUUUGGGUAGGCAGCCCCAAAGAGCCAGGCCUUACAUCUCCAUGCCCUGCUAACUGGAUGGCUGUUUGCACUCCUCCAGCUCUGGGGUAGCAUUGCCACCAUGUCUGCGUUGUUGUACCUCAGCUCCUUACCUGGGCUUCACGCACUGCAGCCUGUCAGGAAACUGUAUCGCUACGCUCCCUAAUGUAGCGCGUGGUUUGUCUCCAUCGCCCAGCUAACAGAACUCUUUGUAUCCUUCCUGAGCAUAAAGCAAACUGCUGCAUCUAUUGCUUUCCUUUCGCUGGGUGCUGGCGUGUAGCAGAACCCUGAAAUAUCACCCUGUGAUAACUCAGCUUUUCUGGAGGCUGGUUGUGCUUUGCAUCUGGGUUGCAAGUUGCAGAUGCACUUUGUUCCCCUCACCCAGUGAAUGACGCUGGUGGGGAUUCCUGGAAUCCGUUGUUUUUAAAGGAGGAUUUGUGCUUCGAGAGGAGUUGGGAUCAACGUUCCUUUUUUUAAGAAAAGAAAACUUGCAAUCUUUAAGUGUUUCAGAGUGAAAUGAAGGAAGAACAGAGCCAGGUCUCGGCGUUAAUAGAACAAGCUCACUUAAUUGGUAUUUAUCUAGAACAGCAUCGUUUGCUGCCCCUCCCCUUCUGGCUGCACGCAUGGUUUCUUUGCUUAGCAAUUGCCACCCCUGUGGCCAGAACUGCCAAAUAAAUGCGUUGCCUUCGUUCCCCAAAGCAAAACUGCAAAAGGUCAAGCUGUAUGGGAUUGCUGCAAGUGAAGCCAGGCUGCAAAGAGCCAAUCUGCAUCUUCCAGAAAAUUGAAAAAUGGAGAAAUGAGCAAGAAGGCAAAGUGGUGCUGGCUCCCAGGGACUCCAGAGCCCGCAGGAGAUGUGAGCAGCACGCACGUUGGACCAUCCACCUCAUCCUGGGCCAGUCCUUUCCCUGGCACGGGUCCUGUAACCAGAUCUGGGUUUAAUUGCUGUCUGCGUGCACCUCGCAGCUCAGUUAUCGAUCUUCAGCCAUUCGUGCAUGCAUCCCUCAGGGGCUGACAUCACGCUCUACUAGGGAUUGUCUGUGACAGUGGCUAAAAGGGCUGGCAGAGCUUGUGAUACAGCCACCAGUGCUUUUCCAGUGUGACUGUACGCUCUUUAGGACAGUGUCUGCCUGCCAGACAGGCUGAGAGAGCCUGGAGAAGAGAACGCUGUGGUGAGACCUGAGAGCGGCCUCUCAGUACCCAGAGAGAGCUGUAAGAAAGAAGGGGACAGACUCUUUAGCAGAGUCUGUUGUGACAGGACAAGGGGAAAUGGUUUCAAACUAAAAGGGAGGAGAUUUAUAUUGGAUAUAAGGGAGAAGUUUUUAGCAAUAAGGAUGGUGAGGCACUGUAACAGGUUGCCCAGAGAGGUAGUGGGUGCCCUGUCCCUGAAGACACCCAAGGUCAGGCUGGACGGGACUCUGAGCACCUGAUGGAGCUGUAGGUGUCUCUGUUCAUUUCAAGGAGUUGGGCCAGAUGGCCUUAAAAGGACCCUUCCAAUUCAAAUGAUUCUACAGUGAAUCUCAUUCCUGAGAUGACAGCAGAGCAGGCAGGGGUGAACCUGCUCUUCCCAUUGGGGAUCUUAGGGUCAUCCACCAUGGGGAACCUUAGAUGGAGGGAGGUGGUUCAUGGCUUUCUCACGCCGUGAGCAUUUUCAUUAGGUUGAAGGAAUCUUUCAGCUCCAGUGCAAAAUGUAAAUUGUUCUGCAGGCAGAUGAAGUGUAUUUUCACAAAGCAGAAGGAAAGAAAGAAGAAUUGGAACCACAUGUCAGGCUUUGACUGUUUUUAGCAUGAUCUUGCUCUUUGAAGUGUAAUCUUGUUUCAGACCAGAGCGUCACAAGCAUCACAUUCUCUGUAUGCAUAUUUAGAUGUUGUGCAAUAUUUGUUGAAAUUUAGUAAUGUGCUAAUUUUGGGUCCAAAAAUGCUCAGAAACUGCUCUGAGAAGGCUUAAGCUGUGUUAGUGCAGUGAGCAAGACAAAUCUCAGAACGUGAUAUGUCUGAUUCUAGCUUUGAUUUUUUCCAUGUUUCAGGCUCAUUACCUAUUAAGUAAAGAAGUGUAACACCUCUCAUCCCUUUGGGGAAAUGCUGAGGUGGUACAUGGUGGAUGCUGUAUUGAUAGGCAUGAGCAGCAGGGAUGGCUCUGCUCUGUCCCUGUCUCUGCAAGGUGUGCAUGCUUGGCUCAGUCUUCCCUCAGCCACGGAGCUCUGCAGGCUGGGGGACAUCCAUUUGCUAAAUACUCAUGCAUGAAUUUUGCUCCCUAUGUUUCUGCUUUGCAGCAGCCCUCCUGGGGGACUGAUCCCAGCCCAGGGAGAAGCUGCUUGCAUGGCGUCUUCAUGGAGUCACGUUUACACCCAAAUGAAAUGCACUCAGUGAUUGUGGGCUCACACAUAAUAUUUAUGCUAUCUUCUGUUUCGCUCUGGGUGAAUGUUGCUGUAAUUUUGGCUAAUUACACAAUACGUCAGGAGUAAUUGCAGGGUGUUCCUCGAAAUAAAUAAUAUAUCUUGUGUGCUCUGCUGCCCAUGCUUACGAGCCUGCCCUAACCUUAGUAGCCAAAGCAGUGACUGUGCUGGGAAAUGACAGCUUAGGAGCUUUAGCUACAACUUCUUUUCCAUUAAAAUUCUCAUUUUUCUGAAAUUCUUCACUUGAAAAGGCUCAGCUGCAUUAAAUGGGGAACAGCCCUACAUCUCUCCUUGAUGCUUUCAGUUCCUUGUCAGGCUUUGGUUUUCUUGUCAGUGCUGGAGUCAGUACAGGUGUAGAAGAUUGCUCUUUAAGGGGAGAUGCUGUGAGAGCUUGACUGCUGCCGAAACACAGUGAUCAGCAGAGCAACAACCACGUCCUGGGGGAGUGAAAACAAUCCUGGCAGCAUGGCUGUAAGAAGAAUUGUUUUUUAUCUCUCUAGUCAAAUAAAAGAAGUUUGUGGGGAGGAGAGGAUUCCAAUCUGGUGAAACUUCAGCUUUCAUCUCCGACUCUUUUAAAAUCCUUUUUGGUUGUUCCAUUACAUUUCCAAAGAAAACAUCUCAAAAGAAAAAAAUAAAGAAGUCAACCCAUUUCUGAUCUCUUUUUUUUCCCCCCAGUAAUGAGAUGGAGUUUGUGGAUAGCUUUGGCUGCUCCCACUCUGAGUUACUGGGCAAUUAAAAUAUUCAGCUGGCUAAUUUCACCUGGAGGUAAUCAGCAGCUCCAUGCCAAUAGCUGGUGGCAGUUGGUCUGUCAGCCCUCUUUCUCUUGUCAUCCCUCUUCUUUCAGCAGUGAUGCUCUUUGGAGACCACUUCUGGCCCUACAGCAUUGGGAAUGGUUGUGCUAUCCUUCUCUAAAUUGUGUCUGAAGCUGCCUGGAGUGGGCAGCUUGUGUGUCCUGUAUGCUGGAUUGGCAUUUGCCUUCUAGGAAAAGUGAUGCAGGACUUUGGACUUCUUGGAGUCCCAGACCUGAGGUGGCUGUUGUAUGGGGUCAGGACCUUGGGGACUGGGUGGGCUGUAGGGUGACAGCUCCCUGGGGCCCCCAAGAAGAGAGUGGUCUGGGAGAGGCAUGCAGCAGUGCCCUCGUGGCUGUACCCCUCUUUUCCAGUGCUUUAUGUGGGUGGCUCCUUUCUCUGCCCCUUAUCUCAUGCUUGUAUUAAUAUCCCUGCAAAACUGAUUUCCCAGAUGCGGGAGCUCCUCUGUGAAUGGCAGAAAGUGCAAACACAUCCUUUCCACCUACUCUACAAAUGAGCAGUAGGCUUCCCUGGAGGGUCUCAGCUUUGUACAGCAAAGCAGGCAUCAUGCAGAGGUUUGUACGUGUCUGCUGCUUGGUACAGGGGUGUGGGCAGGAGGCAGCGGUGCUGGAGGGUUGAUUGCUGUUUCUCCUUGCAGACAUGAGCACAGGAGAGGAAAUCACUUCUCUGGAUGCUCUUUUUGCCUACAAGGUGCCAUUCUGCUCUGGUGACUCACUGGCAGUGACAGGAGGUGAUUGCUUUGAUGGGUGCUGUCAGUGGCUCGAGCCCAUCAUCCCUCUGAGUUAGGGAAAUGUCAUUUUCGGAAGCUUGUCCUUCAAAUGCAGAGGCCAUCCCUGUCAGCACAGCCUGUUAUUUCACGUAAUGCACCCUGAAAACACCAGUUGUCUCUCGGUAGUUAUUAGCCCUGGGUGGAGAUUUGCACUUGAGAUGAGUAAAUGCACAAGCGUGUCAUGCAGCCCUAUUGUCCCGAAGUCAUUUUCUUCUCAAAAUAAAUUCCCCAUAAUUGGAGGGUGCCGCAAACCUAGUAAUCAUGGCAGACUGGAGCUGGGCACGGCCUUUGUUCUGCAUCCCUGGGAGAGCGGCUGGGAUCAACUGCCUGGUGAUUCUAGGGGCAGUUUGCCCAUCAGGAAAGAUUCCUUAGCAUUGUUCGGUUGCUCUGUUUACACCUCUCCAUCACCACCCAAUCCCCCAGGCCAGCUGCUUGCGAUGGAGCACGUCCUUCUGGUCACAAUCGUUUUGCUGCCAUUUUUUGCUAUGGGAAAACACUUUAUGGGGCUGGGAAAUGUCCUCGUUGCUUCCCCGUUUGGGUGGCUUCAGUGAAUCAUCGUCAUGAGCUGAGAUACAGAACUUAAACCGACAGUGAUGUGUUUAAUUGGAGACAAUCACUUACUUCAUUUUAACUCCAAACACCCAAGAGAACUUAGCAGCUUCUGGGUGGGAGCAAAAUAAAGCACAUUUUUCUCCUGCAGCUUUUCAUCUUUUCCUCCCCAAGCUCCAUGCUGACGCCUGUCACCAUAGUAAUCUGCAUGGAGCUUGCUGGUGCAUUUGUGUGCUGAGUUAGUGUGAGCCUUCAUUAACCCUGCUUCCAAAGGGAGAUUUUGGUGUUCAUCUCUGUCAGCGUGUUUGCAGUAGUUGGCUUACUGGGUGUUCUGGAACCUGUCCUUUUCAGGGGAGAGGAGCUGCAGUUUCUGUGGUGGCACUGUACCUGCGGAGUUGAUCUCAGUAAAUUAGGAGCGGUUUAUACCCUGACUUGAGUGCUGGGUUUGCUGUGGAUUUGAGUGCGGUUGGGUGAGUCAUAAAUCAGCUUCCCAGUGUGACAGCCUCAGCCCGAAUGGGGGGAAAAUGAGAAUAAUGGGAUGUGUAAGUUCCAGGCUCAAGUGCUUAAUUGCAAAAAACAAAUGUUCAAAAAACAUUUAGGUGAAAUGUGCUCCUGAGCUGCGUUAUAGGUGCCCUGUUUGCAGUCACAUCCUCAACAGAAGUGUUGCACACGCACAGAGGGCAGACAGCAGCGCACCCAGCUGGGAUCAGCCCAGCACUGGAGGUUCUUUCUCCUUCACCAGCUCAAUGUGCUUUGCAGUGCUGCGGGUGCUGGCCGGGCUGGUUCAGGGUCCCAGACAAACUUACUGUGCUGAGAGCAGGUGGAGGUGUUGAGUCAGAGCAUGUCCCGCUACAGCAAACGAACAGACACGUCUCCUGACAGAAUUAUUCAGUGGUACCUUCCUGCUGCCUGGCUGCAGGUUGCUGGAUGUAAAAUGGCUGCUAGCUGGUAGAGCAAGAGGAGUCUUCUGCUGCUUGGCAGCCUAUUGUGUGGAGAACAGUAACCCAAGAGCUUCAUUUGAAGCCAUAACCAGCACGGAGGACCUCUGACAUCCAACACAGAGUGAAUUCAGAAGCUGUUCUGCACCAGUACCCUCCAGACUAGGCUUGCCUGUCAGCAAGAGUAUUGCUGUGGAUUGCAGGAGCCGCUGGAGCCAGUGGCUGCAGGUCACUAAGCCCUUCCUCUUUCCAAGAGGCUGCUGAAACCCAGCCCUGUUGAGAUCCUCCCGUUAGCUCAGUGAGCUGAGGUUAAGGUUACUCCUGUGAAUAGUGUCUGGUUGAGUUCCUUCAGGUCUCCCAGUCCAAAGCCUCAGACACAUCAUAGUGAGGAGAGGUGCUCUGUGAAUUGAACGAAGUGGGGCGAUGCAAACUGCCCUCUAAAAGGUGGCUCAGCUGGAAAUCAGAGUUGUGUCCUAUUCCAUGAUUCUUCACAGCUCAGGGACCAGAUUGUUUUGAGCCACACUGCAGUGCAUGAUGGAGGUUGUAAGGUUUAAGGUUCUCGGCGUUCAUGCUGUGGCAUAAGCCCAGAUCACGUUUGUACUGCUCUUUGCUGAUAACAGUAAGCAACACCAUGCUUUCAGCAGGGCUUUGCUGAAUGCUGCAUUGGGUGCAUAACCCUACAGCUUCUCUCCAAGUUAAGAGGAAUUAUCUUGCUUGUGCACUUUCCAUUUUGCAGUUAUGAGGUGAGUUCCAUGUUCAACUUUGCAGUGGAAUUGCCAAGUUGCAGCCUGAACCAAUGGUUGAGCACCAGGUGAGAAGGUAUGACUAACCCAGGGAGCUCAGGUGCAAGCAAUGCACCUGAGUGACCAGAAGGGAUAGAGCCUGGAUCUACCCCUCCUCACCCCUCAUUUAGGGGUUAGCAGCUGAGGGAGUAGUAUCUCUCUGGAUAGAGAUCACGCUCCUUUUGAGCUCUCCCUGGCUAUUAGAAGACAUGAGCAGAUUUUCUUUCUUUUUCACCCGCUGUUGUUCUGUAGAGUUUGUGUCUUACUAGAAGGCACUGUCAUCAACUUCUUUGUCAUAUGAACAUAUAGAGUAGAAAUUAAAGAAGAGGUAAUUAAAGAGCCAGUGAUAUUUCUAAUGAAGAGCUUUUCUCCCAGUGACUCUACCAGAGCUCCUACACUUCCCUGUGGGACACAGUGAAUACCUUCAGCAGUGCCUGUGUCUGCAGGGAACGUGGUGCUGUUGAAGGGCUGACUUGGGUGUGAUCCCUGUCCUCCUGUGAGCGCAUGCUAGGAGAUCAAGCAAAAGAUGUAACCCCAGCUGAAGGGAAUUGUGACAAGGUUAUUCAGCCAGCAGGAAUACUUCCUGCAGAUGCACCCAGAUGGUACAAUUGAUGGGACCAAGGACGAAAACAGCGACUACACCCUUUUCAACCUAAUUCCUGUGGGUCUUCGUGUGGUGGCAAUCCAAGGGGUGAAGGCAGGCCUGUACGUUGCCAUGAACGCUGAGGGCUAUCUCUACAGCUCAGAUGUUUUCACACCAGAGUGCAAAUUUAAGGAAUCUGUCUUUGAAAACUACUACGUUAUUUAUUCUUCCACGCUGUACCGGCAGCAAGAAUCCGGACGAGCGUGGUUCCUGGGACUCAAUAAAGAAGGUCAAAUUAUGAAGGGAAACCGGGUGAAAAAAACCAAACCCUCAUCACAUUUUGUACCCAAACCCAUUGAAGUGUGCAUGUACAGAGAGCCAUCGCUGCAUGAAAUUGGAGAAAAACAAGGACGCUCUAGAAAAAGUUCAGGGACACCAACCAUGAACGGAGGCAAAGUCGUUAACCAAGACUCGACAUAGCUGACAAACACCCUCCCUCCCUCCAGCUCCUCCCCUCCCACCCACCUUCCCACCCCACCCGGCGAACCCACACUGAGAGGACGACAGCUGAGCAAGGCAGGACCUACGGUAGUGGCUAGGAGCCCGAACUCCAGGAGCUUCCUUUAUGUAGGACGAGGAAACCGAACCCCAGAUCUUGCCUGUUGCAACGUUUUAAAAAACAAACAACAACAACAACAAAAAAAAACCACACACACACACACAUGCAAAAAGAAAAAAAAAAAGUGAAGAAAAAAAUGUUUUAAAUCAGGACUUCCAUUAA